GCAUUUUUUUGCCUGUUAUGAUGUAAUGUAAUACGUUUUAAAUUUUUUGACGUAUUGCAUUCAUUGAUUUUGAUUGCUUGCCCUGAAAAAAUAAACUGUCAUCGCUGUGCAUCAUGUUAUCAGCUGUUUAAAAGAAAUUUAACAGUAAAUAAAUAUGUUUCAGAAAGUGUGUAUAAUAAAUGUACGCAAUCGUAGUACGGCUGCGCAGUGUAUUUGUGUUUGUUUACUACUAGACUUCAGUUGAUUUCUUGUCUUCGGGAGUGUGUAAAGUGUGAACUAUUUUUGUAAAUAACCUCUAUGAGAGGUGAAUCACAUCGCGUAAAUUUUGAACUUUAGAUAAACUUUAGACUUGAUUGAGCUAUAGUGAGUGAUAGCAAAUGCUUUUUGUAAUUUUAUAUAUGAUAAAGGAAAACAUACCUAUUUUCUAUAUAGUGAAAGUCACAAUUUAAUCGAUAACACUAUGGAAACAGUCACGGUGGCUCGCAAAUGAUAACAAAAUGGAAAAAUGUUUUGUGGCCUGUGGUUGCGACGAUCAAGAAGGUGUAACAAAAGGAGAUUUAGAUCGUUUUACUGAUAAAAUUGAAAACGUCUUGAAUGAUGAAAAGGGCAGGAGGUUGUUUAGAAAUUUUAUGUUCACAACAAAGAUGAAAGACGGCCGAAGAACUUUAGAUUUUUUAGAACACAUCGAAAGACUACUCGGGUAUUCUGAAGAUGCCGAAAGCACAUCGUACCGCAAUUACCUCAGAGAUUUUGAUCGAUUAAUAGAUGAAGCUGAACGGAUAGAAGAACUGGAUUUUGCGACAAUGGAACGACUUGCUAUUGCUCGCGACUCCGAGAACAAAGAUGAAAUGGAAACCGCAUUGAAAUUGUUAAAAGUUGAAGCGAUAAAAGCACUUCGUAGAGAAUAUAGUGCUUUUCGAAGGCACUUUAUUCCAAACAAUUAAAUUGAAUAUUCUUUGCAUUGCUUCUUAAAGCUGUUUAAAAUUCGCGCCAGACUGACAGUACUUACAAUUUUGUAUGAAUUACACUGAUCACAUUGUUAUUUUUAUUGUUUGAACUAAGUUUAAACAGAAUUUGUUAUUUUGUAGUGCAUACGUCAUUAUUUUCGUCCAAAUAAUGUGAUAAUUAUUUAUUUA